CUCACUUUGAAAUGCGGUGACGAUCGGUACUUGACAUAGACUCGAACGAACCCACUCAAUCGGUCAAAACAGCUGGCAGUAAGCGGUUCGGAGGUGACGUAAUUCUGCGACGUACAUCAUCAAAUCGCGCGCUCAGAAGCACACAGCGCUCAAUGACUAUAUAUUUUACAUUAAACUACGAAUAAUCAAAGAAGGUCAGACGAUGACUGAGUUUAAGAGAGCCUUCUCACUGGUGUGGGACCACUUCACUCUAGUGACACCUAAUAAGGUUCAGUGCGCCCUCUGUUCACAACGGCUAAGCUUCAACAAAAACACCUCAGCCAUGUUAAGGCACCUACGAUCAAGGCACCCAAGCGAGGCCUGGUACAGCAACUCAACAUCUGGAGCCCACUCAAGCACAAGCAACUCAACAUCUGGAGUCCACUCGUUCUCUAACUCAAUAAUUAGUAGUGCUGGAGUCCACUCAUCGUUCUCUGGUACUACAGGACUAAACUCAAUGUUUACAAACAAUGCUGCUGCUGGACACCACAUCCAAGUCAGGACCACCAGACAAGAGGACCUGGAUGAUGCUCUAGUCAACAUGUUGGUUAAAGACACCCAGCCAUUUUCAGUAGUCGAGGAAGAGGGAUUCGCUGCUUUCGUACAAAAGCUAGAUCCAAGCUACAAUCUUCCAAACAAGCAAGCGCUGAAGAAAAUGGUGGGGUCUCGGUGUGAGUUCGUCAAUGAUAAUGUUGUAUCUCAAAUGGUAAUUUCUGACUUUGUCAGCCUGACUUCGGACAUGUGGACAUCUAUCGACAAGCACAGUUACAUUUCAGUGACAGGGCAUUUGGUAGCAGAAAAUGCCCAGUUAUCCACUUUCCUCCUUGGGAUUUCUAAGCUGCCUGAAAACCACAAAGUGAUCCACAUUGAGGAGGCCAAAAACCAACUGGUGGCGAGCUGGGGCCUCCACAGCAGGGUCGCAGCAUUUGUCACAGAGAACAGCGAAAAUAUGGUAGCCACGGUUCAGAAACUAGGAAUCCUCCAGUUGCCUUCUUUUGCACACGUCCUGAACCUUGUGAUUAAGAGGUCCAUGGAGGCUACUUUGGAGCUGCAGGACAUCCGCUCUCAAGCGCGGGCUAUCGUGGCUUUCUUCAAGUUGAAUCAGAACGCAGAGAUGAGGUUAGCCGAGGUGCAGGGGCAGCUAGGCAGGCCGGAGCAGAAGCUGAUCCAGGAAGUUGACUCGAGAUGGAACAGUAGCUUUUCUAUGCUGGAACGCAUCUUUGACCAGAGGGAGUCUGUGGCUGCUGCUCUCAGUACCCUGGACACGGACAUCAUCCCUCUGGGAUCUGCUGACUAUGAGGUCAUCCACCAGUGUCUCGGAGUGCUGGGUUCCUUCAACCAGGCCACAGCCGAGCUCGCCUCAGAGAAACGCGUCUCGGCCUCCAAGGUCAUUCCUCUUGUCCGGAUGCUGAAGAUAACCCUUGAGAAGAAGCACGGUGCCAUCAUACACCCUACGGCUACACAGCUGGCGUCUAACCUGCAGAGGGAGCUUCAGACGAGCUGCAGUAUGGUGGAGACCGAGCCAAUCCUGGCUCUCUCUGCUCUCCUAGACCCACGCUUCAAAAUGUUGGCCUUCGGGAACCAGGGCUACGCUCAGGAGGCGGUGAAGCUCCUCACCUCCGAGUGCGCCUCGUUAAUCCGGAUAAAUCCGGACAAGGACAACACUCUGCCGCCGUCCACCACUGGGUCGACGACGCCCUCCCCAACAUCACCCCAGACUUCCUCCUGGGCAAUGGAAACCGCUUCCGUCUCCAUGGCAACAUCUCCAUCUAAGUCCCACGAUGGGGGUCUGUGGGAGAUGUUUGACAGUAAAGUGGGCGAGACACAGAGUGUUCAGAGCAGCACGGCAGAUGCAGCGGUGGAGGUACAACACUACCUCAGUGACCCGUACCUGAACCGAGUGGAGAACCCCAUGCACUACUGGGAGAAGCACUCCAAGGUGUACCCGCACCUGUUCCAGCUGGCUCGGAAAUACCUCAGCGUUCCCGCCUCGUCUGUGCCAUGCGAACGCAUAUUCACCAAAGCUGGAGAUGUGUUCAAUAAAAAGAGGAGUUGCCUCAGUAUGAAGACUAUAGAGCAGAUAAUGCUGUUGAAUAAAGGUCUAGUAUAGCAGAAGCAGCAUACUAUCCACAGUGCUUCUCAUGCUGUUUGGCCUGUAUGUAAUGGACUAUUAAAUGUACCAAAUGCAUUGUAAUGUAUUCUUCCUGGUUUGUCUAUAAAGUAUGUUAAAAUGGG